AUUACACGUGAUCUCGUUAACACACUUAUAGCUCGGGAAUAGCAUCUUGUCAUCACAAUCCUUAUAAAGAACGUCUUGCAGAAGAAAAAACCCAGCGUCCUCUUCAAAGAUUUUCGGAUGGCACUCCCAGCCAUAAAGACGCAGUGAUCAUCUCAGUUUCCCAUGUGAUAUUAACGAUACCGAACAGACUAAAAGUGAAAGCUAAAAGUACAGAAAAAAUUAUGCUAAAAACAGUGUACUGAAGAAUGCUUUCCUGUCAAGGAAUGCUGUUUUUAUUCAUCUUUUUUUUUGAGCUGUAAGCUUCAAAAUAGGUAACAAAGGAUUACGUUUAAUUCAAACCACAGUUAUUGUGAGAAUAACAAUUCUAUUUUAACAAACAUGGCCGAAAAUAUUUCCAGAGCCCUCACAGUUCCUGCUAUCAGACGAGGAACUAAAAGGUUUAAUGAGCAGGUGAAUCACGGAUUCUGGAUUGACAGAAAUCAAGCACGGUACAUUGACCAAGGAUUGUUUAUUGAUUCUUCAUCUUGGAUAUUAAAAUCAGAUCAUUCACAGCCUAACGACUCGUCACAUAUGACAAAUAAAGUCAAUUACUGGAGACUACCUGGAGUGUAUCUAAAUUUUCCAUCACAUCCAAACCAAAGCCUAAAUCAAUAUCACGCUGAAAGAGACAACGCCCCAAGAACGACACACGAAAGGACAAAUGGGACUUCUCCUGGGGAUAUGACCACCAGUAAAACUAACACUAUACCACAACAGAAAUGUGUCACUCAGGGAGAGAACAAAAAAACAGAAAUAGGAGACCUUAUUCAGCCGGAUAUAACUACAGCUCCUCAGAAACAAACACGCAAAAAACAAGGCGAACAACCUACUCACUUGAGUCAGGAACACUGUUCUAAAUCAGGCACGAAAACUAUCUCCCGUCCAAAAGAAGCGUCCCUUCAUGGUUCAAACGAAGAGAGUCUAGAGCGGAAUAUUUCAUUCCACUUGUGGCCUGACAAAAGUAACGCUAAUUCAGAGACGAAAUUGAACGAAACUUACAUAGGAAACUUGAAUUACUUCAAGAUACCAGCCCUCCCACUCCCGUCAAAAAUUCAUAAUAAUCUGCAAGAUCCGAACACAAGUGGUGCUCUUCAAGACGACUCCAACAAGCCCGUUGCUCCCAAAUCUCCUGAAUAUAAAGAAAAACCACCCGUUACAUUUCCAGCUAACAAGCAAGACAAUGUCCUUCCCGUAGUGGAGCAAUUACUUCCUGGUCCUUGGCCAAAUAAGUUUAAUAGUAAUCUGCCUGGCAGUGAACUUGAAAGUGCCGUGACUGCUCCAAUCGAUACAGUACAACAAGGAGAAUUUAACACCCAAAAGCCAGUCAACCUUUUAAAUCUGCAGUCGGCAAUAUAUAAAGAUGGCACCCUAUGUGAUGAUACACUGAUGACUUCGACUACUGAUACUUCAAAACUGCAAACAAAUAACAUAACCACAAAUCCUGCUUCCGGUUCAGAAAGUUGGUUCAAGUUAAUAAGUCAAGACUCUUGUGUUUCAAAUACUGGCAAAGAUCAAGCUCAAGCAGCUGCAAACAUGAAGAAGCUUAAGGAACUACGACAAGGGUUCAGGGGAACAUAUUCAAAAAUUAACUUUUUCAAAUCCAAUGACCCUGAUGCCAAAACUACACCAACCGGAAUUUACUCUGCGGAUCUCAGCAAUAAUCUUGAAUCUGCAGCUGAAAACAAAUUAAGUGAGCACAAUCAAAGGCACAAUGAAAAUGCAAAUGAAAUGUCAACAAUUCAUGUAGACCUAGAGAUCGAAACAAAAAUUAAAACGUUGCUGCAGAACUCUCUGCAAACGAAAGUUUUGCGAAAAAAACAGAAGCUGUUAAACACUGUACCAAAGAGCAAAACAGGGGCUACCAAAGAGGAUGGCAUAGUUGCUAGUACCUCAAACGCUUCAAUGCAGUAUGAGACUAUAGUGCCAGAUUCUAGUCAAGCUCCAACGUAUUCCAAAAGCCCUGGCAACGUGAGGCCCGGGAAGGAUGAUGCUCGACAGAAAUGUGCAAGUAAUCCUCUUAACAUAAUACGAAUGGAAGUACCCUCUGACAAGAAGGAAAUAUUUUUUUCCCUGUGUAAGAACAACCCUGGUUUGAUUACGUAUCUCAGCCAACAGGCCUUCAGCAAAAACCUUAAGGGGCGGAAUAAAAAGCUACCUUCUAUAUUGAGACCAAUCCGGCCCAAAAAGACAGGGUGCCAUGUUGUACAGUCCCCAUAUACAAUGGGAGGUCGAGCCUCAUCAGCGAGUAAUAGUAAUGUUUCAUUUGAUGAAUCAGUGUCAAAUUCCAUAACAAACCAGAUAACAGUAAGCAAUGCAGAGGUUCAGAAAAUGGCCCACUCACAAGAAAAUGAGACAGUGCCUCGUGUAACAGCGAUUCAACAAAAGGCAAACUCUACUCCGGAUUAUGAAAGCGAAAAAUCUUUGUUUGGGCAAAACGCAGCUGUGUCUGCGGAUUAUCAACAACCAGCAAAAGCUACAGAAUACCAAAUACUGGUGAGCAAUUCAUGCGAUCACAUACUGCUAAAACCUACAGAUAAUCAUCAAGUGAUAAACACUGCUGAGUAUCCACCAACGACGAACACUGUCGACCUCCUUGCAACGAGAGAUACUAGUACAACCUUUCAACCCAUAAUAAACAGCGCUGAUCAACAACCGAGGUAUACUUUCGAGCAUCAACCACCAGGUCUAACUGUCCCAGUAAUGGAUGACCCACGACUCAAUUCUAAGAACGAAGAAGCAAAAGCAAACGCUAUCGGCGGUCACGGAGAUAAACUUCAGCAGCUGAAGCACUUCGAACAACUUUUGAAGAUGGAAUACGACAGGUACAUCGAGAAUAAACUGAAACUGCUAAAAGCAGACACCGGUAAAGUAGAAACGUCUGCACAAGGCGGACGAAAAUCUACAGAAAAAAAGGACGACGACGAUGUUCUUGUUAUUGAUUACUUUGACGUUGAUUCCUUCAUUCAAAUGGAAACAACUGGUUAAAAGAAAUUGGAAGACAAACGGAAACAGCUGGUUAAGAAAGUUGAAAAUUAACGGAAACAACUGACUAAAAGAAAUUGCAAAGAAACUGAGAGAUAAACGAAAACAACUGGUUAAAAGAAAGUUGAAAAUAAACGGACACAACUGGCUAAAAAUUGCAAGAUGAACGGAAACAACUGGUUAAAGAAAGUUGAAAAUAAACGGAAACAACUGGUUAAAAGAAAGUUGAAAAUAAACGGAAACAACUGGAUAUAAGAAAGUUGAAAAUAAACGGAAACAACUGGUUAAAAGAAAGUUGAAAAUAAACGGAAACAACUGGUUAAAAGAAACAAUAUUAACGAAAACAACUAGUUAAAAGAAAGUUGAAAAUAAACCGAAACAACUAGUUAAAAGUAACUGUUAGAUAAACGGAAACAACUGGCAAAAAGAAAAUGGAAAAUAAACAACUUUAAAUCACUAAGUGACUGAUUUUGCACAAAUUGUUGUCAUCGCAAAUACCUGUCAUCGAUGCACUGCAAAUGAAUAGCUUCCCUUCUCAUAUAAAAUAAGUUUUCAUAAUUCAUGUCA